GCAGGCGGAGGCGCGAUGGGACCCCUCCGGGAGACCAAGAAGGAGCAAAGAGUGCAGCAUCCUGAGAAGGAGAUUUCCAGAAGUCGAAUUCCUCGGCUGAUCCUGCGACCUCAUCUGCCCCUGCAACCGCACAAAGUGUCCCCAGCCUCGGAGUCUCCCUUCUCGGAGGAAGAGAGCAGAGAGUUCAACCCUAGCAACUCUGGGCGCUCCGCGAGGACUGUGAGCAGCAACAGCUUCUGCUCAGAUGACACUGGCUGUCCUAGUAGCCAGUCUGUAUCACCAGUGAAGACCCCCUCAGACACGGGAAACAGCCCCAUCAGCUUUUGCCCUGGGAGCGAUGAAGACUUUACCAGGAAGAAGUGCACAACUGGAGUGGUUGGUGAAGGAAGCAUCCAGUCAGCACGCUAUAAGAAGGAGUUGAAAUCAGGCCUUGGAAAGCCCGGUAGUGAAGCUGAUUUUAGCUCCUCGAGCAGCACAGGCAGCAUUUCCGCUCCUGAAGUUCACAUGUCGACUGCGGGAAGCAAGCGGGCCUCCCUUCCACGCAAUCGAGGUCCCCAUGGGCGGAGUAAUGGAGUCCCAUCACACAAGUCUGGCAGCAGCCCACCAUCCCCACGGGAAAAGGACCUUCUGUCCAUGCUGUGCAGGAACCAGCUGAGCCCCGUGACCACGCACCCCAGUUACACACCUUCUUCCCCAAGUAGCAGUAAUUCAGGGUCCUACAAAGGAAGUGACUGCAGCCCCAUCAUGAGGCGGUCUGGCAGGUACACGUCUUGUGGAGAAAAUCAUGGUGUCAAGCCUCCAAAUCCGGAGCAGUACUUGACUCCUCUGCAGCAGAAGGAGGUCACAGUGAGGCACCUGAAGACCAAGCUGAAGGAGUCGGAGCGCCGGCUUCAGGAAAGGGAGAGUGAAAUUGUGGAGCUCAAGUCCCAGCUGGCCCGCAUGAGAGAGGACUGGAUUGAGGAAGAGUGCCACCGGGUGGAGGCCCAGCUGGCACUCAAGGAAGCCAGGAAAGAGAUAAAGCAGCUCAAACAGGUUAUCGAAUCCAUGAGGAGCAGCCUGGCUGACAAAGACAAAGGCAUUCAGAAGUAUUUUAUAGAUAUAAACAUCCAGAACAAAAAGUUGGAGUCCCUGCUGCAGAGCCUGGAGAUGGCACACAGCGGCUCCCUGAGGGAUGAUCUGUGUCUAGACUUUCCCUGUGAUCCCCUGGACAAGAGCUUACCCCUCAGCGCCCCUUUGGACAAGAUGACAGAUGGGUCUUCCCCAGAUGAGCCACUCACCGAGGAAGGGGCUGACAGUGAGCUGUUGCUGGUGGAAGACAGCAUGGCCGAUGGCUUGGGGGCCUUCCACGAGAUGGGGACAGCCCCCACCACUGAGUCUGGUGACUUGGAGCUUUUUCAUGCCACCCGUGAGGACCAGGUGUUUGCCAUGCUGCCUGUGGCAGUGGAUCAAGAGGAAGCCAGUGUGGUGGUGGUGGAGCAAGCUGUCCAGACCGAUGUGGUGCCCUACAGCCCUGCUGUCUCGGAGCUUAUUCAGAAUGUGCUGAAGCUGCAAGGCCCCUGUCACCCCAGCUCAGCGUCUCCUCCAGAGCCCCGGGCUAACACGAUGGAGAGCUUCCCAGAGUCCAACUCAGUCCUGAUGCUUGAUUUAACCCCAAGAAAUCCGAACUCAGCCAUCCUUCUGUCUCCCGUGGAGACCCCAUACCCCAAGACGGGUCUGGAAGUGCAUGCAAACCGCCUCAUGAGAGAGCUGGAUUUUGCAACCUACACAGAAGAAAGGCUGGAUGGGUUCCCCUCACUGUCUCAGAGGGGUGUUGUGGGGCAGUACUGGAGCAGCAAUUUUCUGGUGGAUCUCCUGGCUGUGGCUGCCCCAGUGGUCCCCACUGUCCUAUGGGCAUUCAGUACUCAGAGAGGGGGAACAGAUCCCAUCUACAACAUCGGAGCCUUGCUCCGUGGCUGCUGUGUGGUUGCCCUGCAUUCACUCCGUCGCACUGCCUUUCACAUCAAAACCUAAAUAGAAGUGUUGUUAUCAUGUGCCAAUUUGUCUGUGUGGCAUCAUGCCAGGUAGAGAAACAGCAGGUCGAUCUGUGGCAGUCUCUACUUCAUUGUUUUGCUCCUCGGUAUUUGAUUUGCACUAUAGUUAGUGGAAGCUUGUUCACUGUUUAAAACCGGAGGUAUCUUCUAAGGCAUGGAGACUUGGUUCCAGUAAAAUGUCCCAUCCAUGUGGUAUAGAGAGCAUGCUCGUGCCCCUGCCGUGUCGUCCGAGGUACCCGUUCUUAUCCUAGUGGUUCGGGAAGAGAAAAUGCAAACUUUGCACUUUGAGGACAGCUUCUCUAAGGCUGGCAUGCUAUUUCCUUGCUUUGCUUUGUGCCGUUUUAAAAUGUGUCAUGUUCCAGCCUUCCAAUGGUCUUGUGCAUAGCAGGGGACUGUAACCAAAAACAAAUGUGUAUUUGUGAAAUUGGUUUAAAGAAGUCUUGAAUAGCUCUUUAGUGUCCUACUUGGAAUUGAUAAGGUUUGAGUGGUUGCAUUUUUUUUUUUUUUACUAUAUGUAGAUCCAAAGUCUUCAAUGGCCUGUUUGUUUCCUGAUGAAAUGUAAAAUGUACUAUGUACUAACUUAUUUUUUGCUUAUUAUAUAUAGUGUUUUAUUGGAGAUUGUUUGUAACCCUACACUUCAGCAUGAUAAAAAUAAAUAUUAGAGUUUCCAUUUAAAUAAAUGUUUUAUCCUCCUA